AUGUUCAGUUUCCCGCACAACCAUCGUGAGGAGAUGAGUGGCGAGUUCCCCCACAUUGGCCACGGCCAUUCUGAGUUCUCCGAGAGCCCGCGGGGCGGUCGUGGCGGCCACUUCCGCGGCCAUGGCGGUCGUCACCAUUACGGUGGCCCGCCUGGUUUCGGGCGCGAGCACCAUGCUGAGUUCUUCGCCGGCCGUGGCCGCGGUGGUCGCGGUCGCGGCGGCUUCCGCCAUGGCGGGCGUGGACGCCACAGCGCCAGUGAGUCGGAUGGGGAUGAGUACGCUGAGCUCGUUGAACGGUUCCGUGAGAUGGGACAUGGUCGCCGUGAGCACAGCCGCCGCCGCUUCGGCCGUCGUGAGCGCGAAGUGCCUGAGGGCGAUGAGACGCCAAAGGGCUACGCCGUCGAGAGCGACUCUGAGGACUUCGUCGACAUCGACGGUGAACGUAAGGACAAGGACAACGACGCCACUCCCCAGGCUCCUGGUGAGCGCGGCUGGGGACGUCGCGGUCAUCACUGGCAUGCCCACGGCUUUGGUGGCCCCGGCGAGUUCGACUUCGCCCCGCGUCACGGCCCGCACGCCUUCAUGAUGGGCCCGCCCCCGCACGGCCCUCAUUCCUUCCACCACCACCAAGGCCGCCACGGACAAUUCAAGAAGCCCUUCCCGCGCGUGGACAUCUUCGAGUCAGAGAAGCAGUACGUGCUUGAGAUCGAGGUUCCCGGUGUGCGCAAGGACGUCAUCGCCGCGCUCGUCAGUGAGGAUGGGCGUAGCAUCACCGUCGAGGGCACCUUCCCCGCCCGUGCUGAGGUUACGCUUGAGCGCGUGUAUGCCGAGCGUCGCGUCGCGCCUGGCGAGAAGUUCGCGCGCACGAUCCCGCUUCCGGGCCUCGUCGACAAGGAGAACGUGAGCGCGAAGCUCGCUGACGGUGUGCUCGUUGUUGCGCUCGACAAGGUCCAGGUUGAGGAGCCCAAGGGCACGAUCAUGGUCAUUGAGUAG